AUCUUUGGUAUUGUAUGUGUUUGUGUGUAUGUGGCGUCGUAAGGAGAUAUUUUUACGUGGAUUUGAAUUUCGCGAGAAGUCAUUUGUGUUAUUGUAGAGACAAGACAUUCCAGACAACUUUCGUAAACGGAUUAUAACAUGUAUGCGCAGUGUAUGGAGAGACUUAAAUGAACAGAACGAAAUUGAAUUUUGUUAAAGAGUGAGUGCAUCUCAGUGCUGCAAAAAAUCUCAAAAAGAGACUGUCGAUGUAAUAUACAGGUGAAGUGAUAGUUCUGAGGCAUUGUAUUUGUGAAUAAUUUGUUAACAAGGAGGGUCCUGGAUGACGGAGAACGAUAAUGUUAACGGCUGUGUAAAGGAUAGCAGACAACGUAUCAGAAUGUUUAACCACGAUUAUGAGAAACGACUGGUGUGGAUACCUAAAGGAAAUGAGAAAUCAACUAGAAGUCCACUCAGUCCACCUAAUAGUGCAAGUACACCAUUCACACCACCUGAUUCUGCCCUAUCACCAUACAAAUGCUUUCAGCCAGGUAUGGGUGUUUCAUGUGGUCCUGACCGGUUCAUCCCACACAGAGCAACAAACAACUGGCAGAUUAAAUUUUCCAUGAUUUCCGUAAGUCAGGAUAAUACUGUUCGUACAGGGGCAAUUCCAAAAAAAGCAACCCGUGAAACUGGUGAAACAGGUAGAGAUGCUGUUGCGUACUCCUGCCUAUUGAAGAAUGAGCUUCUAGGUUGCAACAUAGAGGAUGUUAAAGGCCAGUCAGAGGAAAGGAGAACCUCAGUAACACAAGAAGGAAGAAAUCUGUUUCAUUAUUCUCCACCAUCCCAGAAGUCAGUAUCCAGCAGCGAUACAUCAGCUUUAUCUGCAUACUCAUUAUCACCUGUAAGUGCCAAGAGUCAGAAGUUGCUGAGGUCACCCCGUAAAGCUACAAGAAAAAUUUCAAGGAUCCCGUUUAAGGUUCUGGAUGCUCCAGAGUUGCAGGAUGACUUCUAUCUCAAUUUAGUUGACUGGUCUUCGCAAAAUGUACUAAGUGUUGGGCUCGGUAGCUGUGUUUAUCUAUGGUCUGCCUGUACAAGCCAAGUUACAAGACUGUGUGACCUUACGGGUGAUGGAAACUCUGUAACAUCUGUGGCCUGGAAUGAAAGGGGUAAUCUGGUAGCUGUUGGCACCCAUCAUGGAUAUGUUCAAGUGUGGGAUGUCAGUCUUAACAAACAAGUUAACAAGAUGCAGGGACAUUCUGCUAGAGUUGGUGCUCUUGCGUGGAAUGGUGACAUCCUCUCUUCUGGUAGCAGAGAUAGACUGAUACUGCAACGUGAUGUGCGUACCCCUGGAGUUGUAGCAGAGAAAAAGCUUGUAGGGCAUAGGCAGGAGGUCUGUGGUCUAAAGUGGUCACCUGAUAAUCAGUACCUGGCAUCAGGAGGUAAUGAUAACCGACUAUAUGUUUGGAAUCUACAUUCCUUAACUCCAGUUCAGACAUACACUGAGCAUCUUGCUGCUGUAAAAGCAAUUGCAUGGUCACCACAUCAUCAUGGCUUGCUGGCAAGUGGUGGUGGCACAGCUGACCGAUGCAUUAGGUUUUGGAAUACUCUUACUGGACAGCCAAUGCAGUGUGUGGACACUGGUUCCCAAGUCUGCAACUUAGCCUGGUCAAAACAUUCCUCUGAACUGGUUAGUACCCAUGGCUAUUCCCAGAAUCAGAUACUAGUCUGGAAAUACCCAAGCCUUACACAAGUUGCAAAACUAACAGGACAUUCAUAUAGAGUAUUAUAUUUAGCAAUGUCUCCAGAUGGUGAAGCAAUUGUUACUGGUGCUGGAGAUGAAACAUUGAGGUUUUGGAAUGUUUUCAGCAAAGCGAGGUCACAAAAGGAAAAUAAAUCCGUUCUGAACCUGUACGCAAGCAUACGAUAACUUCAAACUGGCCAGCUCUUGGUUUAAAUGCAGACAUUCAACAUAUUCAGUUCAGAAACAAAGAGUUGUUGAAUGUAAAAUUGUAUAUUAUUCUGAGUUUGUGGUUUCUGCGUGCCUCUCUCUCUCUCUCUCUCUCUCUCUCUCUCUCUGUGUGUGUGUGUGUGUGUGUGUGUGUGUGUGUGUGUGUGUGUGUGUGUGUGUGUGUGUGGGCACACUUGCAUGUGUGCAUGUUUAUUAAAUGUGAUAUGUGUAGUAAAUAUGUUAUAUUGAAUUACGUCCGUGUAAAGCUAUUAAUUUACUAAAUAUAAAUUGUUACAUAUGUAAUAGGAAUGUCUUACAUAUGUGGAACGUGAAAUGUAGUAUAACUUACAUUGCAGUUUAAUUUGCUUUUCUGUAUUAUAUUGAUUCCUCGGGAAAAGAAUCCCUGCUCUGAUUUUUAUGUGAGCAGUAUAAUAUCUGUGAAUGGACAUUAUAAGCUUCAGUGUCAAUGUAUAAAACCAGUAUUUACAACGUAAAACUCAAAAAGAUGGUGAGUGCCACAUUGUAUAACAUUGCUAAAUUGUUAUAAAAAAAAAAGCCCCCCCACCACCACCACCUUCUCUCUCUCUCUCUCUCUCUCUCUCGCUGUGUGUGUGUGUGUGUGUCUGUGUGUGUGUGUGUGUGUGUGAUAAAUUUAUACACAUGGUGUACAACACUUGAAAGUAAGCUAAUACGUAAAACGUAUGUUGAUGUACUGUAUGUGGAAUUAAUGCUUAUUAUAUGAAAUGAUAUUGCCGUUGUAUGUAUGAUAUUCUUGCUGUGCAAACUGAUUUAUUGUAGACGUAUUUCCUGUUGAAAUUGUGAAUUUUAUUUUGUUGAACAUUUCACAUAAUUAUUGUUGUUAUAAACAUGAAAGUCUGAGUCUUUUGUAUUGUUCUGUUACUUUUUGCAUGUAUGUAUUUUUUUGUGUGCGUUCUUCUUAUUGUAAAUUUUGAAAGUUGUAGUGUGUGUUCCCAUUGUCGUGUAAUAAAUUUUUCGU